UGCUCAAGAGCACUCAGUGAAAUAUGAUGUGCACAGAAACUCAGAGAAAAAAGACAAAUAAAUGAUAGUAUAUUGGAAAGUUUACCUCUGCUGUAUAUUUCAGGCUAUAACUUUUAUAAUAUCAUGAGUUUUUUCUUCCUCCUCCGCCUCUGUAAUCUGUAACAUCAUCCACGAGUCAAAUCUAAACUCUUAUAUCACCGGAGGAAAUAAAUCAUUCCAGACAUGUUGAGAUUGCAAAGUGUACAUAGACUGGAGAAGAGGAGACUCAUGCAUUUUUCAGUGUAAGAUGAGAGGCCUUCAAAUGACAUGUCAACUCUCUUUGCCUCUCUCUGAUUCCUCCGGGUCCUAAUGAAGGUCUCAUCCUGCAGCUCAUACUCUGACCCCUCACACACUUCUCUGCUCUUCAUGUCGAACCACUUCCAUUAAUGUGUCUCCUCUGAUUCCUGCCUGUCACGUGUGAUGCGUGUCCACGAUCAGAACUUGGCCUCUGUGACGCGCAGCACCAUGGACAGCGCGCCGACAUGUGCGCCUCAGUCCCGGUUGCCACGAGCUGCUGCUGCUGCCGGGGCUGCGAGAACAUGAUGGUGACCAUCUGACUCUGAGUGGACCCUAUCUGUGUCCUCCGUGUAAGUGAGCAGGAGUGGUCAGCGUGGGAGGGGUCGCGUGAUGACGGGGAGCAGUGGGAGCGACGCGCUCACUGCGCCCCGCAGCGGGUUUCUUCCCGGCGGCAUUUUGUGCACACGCGCGCGCAGGCCAGCGCUGGGAUGAAUCGUGACACUUGGAGAGCGAGAAAAGCGCAGAAACAAAAGGAGCAACGCCCACCGGUCAGAGUGUGGAGUGCGUGGACUCAUCAGAUGCAGAGACUUCAGCAUACGAGCAGCUCGUGACACGCAUGGUUUACUCACGCACGGCGAGGAAAAAACACGUCUAUUCUCAUCUUUUCCCCUGUUUCCGUCCUCAGAAUCAGCUCAGACUGAGCAGCAGACGCAGCGCAGGAGCUUUGGGUUGCGCUUUUCAUGUGCGCAACGGAGCAUGAGUGCCAGUGCGGGCACGGACGCGCUGCUCUCUUUCACGAAUGUGUUGGUUCCAGUUUUAAAAUCAUGCUUGUGAAUUCUUCUCCGAUUCAACUUCAACCAGAAGAAGACGAAUAAUAAUCAGAGAAGAACCUUUGACUGCGAUGGAACCUGUUGUCGACGCUGAUUCUUCUUCUUCUUGCGCGCAUGGAAUAUUUAUUUCUUCCACAACAAGUGAGCUCGUGCAGGAAUAAAGCAGCAGAAAGAGUGGAUGAGUGCGUGCGUGCGUGCGUGCGUGUGCUUGAUGUAAUGAUCUGCGCUAUUGUGCGGCGAACAGCUCCCAACUUGUUGUUCCCUCUGUCCGUUACUCGCCGUCUGAUCGACGACUCAGCACAUUUGUGACGAGGAUGUCCGCAGGUUGCCAGGAGGGUUUGAGGAUUUCACGGACAGUGAAGUGAUUUUCCUUUUCUUGACUGCUGUGUGGAGAAGGGCUGCUAAAAAUAGCCCGAGUGCUGAUGGGGUUACAACGAACAGGUCGGCGGUGAGCUGAAACUUAGAGGAGGCAUGUGGAGAGAUGCUCACUUGUAGGACAUUUGAAUUCACAGCACGGAGAAAGUAAGAGCGCAGCAUUGAGAGAAAGAACGUUUCCCUUUUGUUAUUUCUGUUGGAAGUAUUGAUUCACAUCAGUGUACUUCACUGGGGAGGAGAACGGAGACCAACAGGCGAUCCUGGGAGCAGCUUGUUGAUGGCACUGCGCACCAGCAGGACUUGGUUUGGGCAGGUCUUGCGCAGGGUCUCUCGGCUGCAGGGCUCCUGGUCCAGGCGAUCCAGUAGUCUCUUGUGUCUCUCCGCGAACCAGGAGCAGGACUUGGGGUUCUGUCGCCGGGAUCAGUACAAGGCGGGGGAUUACUGCUCCGACUCCGGCGUCCGCCGCGGCCAUAUUCACCGGAGCGCACCUGUCUGCGCCUCCGUCUCCAGGCGCUGUCCACACGGCUUUCCCAACGCUUGUUGCGCCAUCCCGGGGAACCCGAGGGGACAUGAACCCCUCGGCCGCCGGUUCCUGUUGGCCAUGAAGCGGCAAAACGUGCGGACCUUGUCCCUCAUCAUUUGCACGUUUACGUACCUGCUCGUCGGGGCCGCGGUCUUUGACGCCCUGGAGUCCGACUUCGAGAUGCGGGAGAAGGAGCAGCUGGAGGCGGAGGAGAAGCGUCUCCAGGGGAAAUAUAACAUCAGCGAGGAUGAUUACCGCAAACUGGAGUCCAUCAUCAUGGAGGCAGAGCCCCACAGAGCAGGGGUGCAGUGGAAAUUUGCAGGCUCGUUUUACUUUGCCAUCACGGUUAUAACAACCAUCGGCUAUGGGCACGCGGCGCCGGGGACGGACGCGGGGAAGGCCUUCUGCAUGUUUUAUGCCGUGCUGGGAAUCCCUCUGACCCUCGUCAUGUUUCAAAGUCUCGGCGAGAGGAUGAACACUUUUGUCAAGUACCUCCUGAAGCGCAUUAAGAAGUGCUGCGGCAUGAGAAUCACUGACGUGUCCAUGGAGAACAUGGUGACUGUGGGGUUCUUCUCCUGCAUUGGCACGCUGUGCAUUGGCGCCGCGGCCUUUUCCCACUACGAGGACUGGAGUUUCUUUCAGUCCUACUAUUACUGCUUCAUCACGUUAACAACUAUAGGCUUCGGGGACUUUGUGGCCCUUCAAAAGAACCGGGCCCUGCAGAAGAAGCCCCUGUAUGUAGCCUUUAGCUUCAUGUACAUCCUGGUGGGCCUGACGGUCAUCGGGGCCUUCCUCAACCUCGUGGUGCUCCGCUUUCUGACUAUGAACAGUGAGGACGAGCGGCGGGACGCGGAGGAGCGGGCCUCGCUCGCCGGCAACAGGAACAGCAUGAUCAUCCACAUCCAGGACGAGACGUUACAGCGCGAGCGACAGCGACGCGAGCCGUACCGGGCGGAGGUGACCGACCUGCAGUCCGUCUGCUCCUGUAUGCACUACCACUCGCACGAGUUUGGCAGUUCCGGGAGAGGGAUGGGAGGUCUCGGCUGUGCCUUUUCCCAUCAGAACUCCUUCAGCUCACAGCUGCACCCCAAUCAGUACUUUCACUCAGUAUCUUACAGGAUCGAGGAGAUUUCGCCCAGCACCUUGAAAAACAGCUUCUUCCCGUCGCCCAUCAGCUCGGUGUCUCCGGGCCUCCACAGCUUCACAGAUAAUCACCAGCUCAUGAGGAGAAGGAAAUCCAUCUAAAGCCCGACACACAUGGGACAACGAGGGUCCAUGUUUUAUACAGAAGGUCACACACAGUUCCAAUGCUGCUCCUUUACCAAAUCUUAUUUCAGCACUUUCUUUUGUUUCCUUUGAUGUAAUAUACUGUAUAAAGUAUUCUUGGGGAACAGAUGACGACGAACACUGCGCAGGACGGCAAGUGUGGACACAACGGGAUGCAAAGCAUGAAGCAUGGAUGUCUAUUUUUUCAAGAGAUUGCUCCAUUUAAAAAACACCACACAGACUAUAUAUGAGACCUUCCUUAUUCAUAUAUUUGCAGUACAGAAUUGAUAAUAUAUGAACUUUGGUCACAUGCCAAAUGAUGCACACAUGACAAAUGCUAUUUUUCAA